AUGACGUCCGACUCGACCCCUUCUAAACCCGGGGGCAUGCUGUCCCUGUAUGCCAACCUGCUGGAUCCGUCGGCCGACUCUGCGUCGCCCGGCACGAUCUCGCGGGCCCCUGUGGUCUUCAAGCAAGCUGGCGAGGGCGAAGCGCCGGCGGAUGAAUCGGCUGCGAAGAAGCAGCAGCAGCUCAAUUCUGCCUCUCUACGAUUUCAGCCGACAAAACGACCCCAGCUCGCCGCGCAGAAACCCAAAGCGAAGCCCAAUCUGCCCAAGACUUCCCAGCCUCCCGUCACGUCAAACGCCCCGGUGAAGACAUCGCUUGCGGACUGGGCCGCGACCGAGGAUGACGAUGUGAAUGGAUUCUAUGCCGGCCCGAAGCGACAGCGCGGCGGGCGCAAAAAGCGCAAGAAGAACCGAGAAGCGGAGGAGAUGAUGCAGAACUGGGACGACAUUUAUGAUCCGUCACGGCCGAAUAACUACGAAGAAUACAAGCACAGCGACGAACAGAUAUCCGAGGUGCGGGAAUGGAAGGACCGCCUCUACGCACAUCGCAUGGUGCGAUCGCCGAGUCGGGAUUCUCUGAGCGACGACGAUUAUGGAAGACCGAUGAACCGACAAUUUGCCCCUCCGAGUAACUUUGCGCCACCUCCGAAUCUCAACGAUAUCCCGCCUGCACCACAAGAGGAAUCGCCCCCGCCCGAGCACGCUGCUGUACCCCCUCCUCCCUCUGCCGAGCCAGCUGCCCCCGUGCCAGACGAUCCCACAGGAGAGGAUGCCUACCUGCGACGGAUGCAGAUGUCCGCAGGCCCUCAGCCACCGGCGGAGCCUGCCCCUCCGACUCGGUCUCUGGAUGCGCUGCAGCCGGCCUCUGCGACGAUAUCUCGUGCGCCGGUGCGAUACUCCCUGCCUCCCCCUCCCGAAGACAUUCCUGCGUCGGAGGCGGAACUUGAGGAAGCCUUCGCGAAGGAACAGCCGGUAGACGACCAACCAGAGGGGGAUGGUGAGCGAUCGCUACGACCUGGGCAACAAGGAUUUGCUGAACGACUGCUGGCCAAGUAUGGCUGGACCAAGGGCUCGGGACUGGGCGCCACAGGCUCCGGUAUUGUCAACCCAUUGCAGGUCAAGGUCGAAAAGCAGAAGAAGCGACCGGAUUCGGAGGGGGGUGGCUUUGCUACACCUGCUGGCAGGGGCAAGAUCAUCGGCGGCGCGAGGAAGAAGCAGGAAGAGGGCAAGUUCGGCGCCAUGAGCGAAGUCAUUAUCAUGAAAGGCAUGCUCGAUGGCAUGGACCUGGAGGCCGAACUGGAGGGCGACCAGGCGGGUGGGUUGAUGCAGGAAAUCGGAGAAGAAUGCUCGGAGAAGUACGGCAAUGUCGAACGAGUCUACAUUUCUCGCAACUCAGGCCCUCCCGUGCCGGUGUUUGUCAAAUUCACCAACCAGCUAUCAGCUUUACGAGCUGUGAAUGCUCUUGAAGGACGAAUAUUCAAUGGCAAUGCGAUCACCGUUCGGUUUUUCGACUCGCAGAAAUUCGAGCAAGGGAUCUAUGAGGAAUGA